AUGUCGUCUGCCGAUCUUGACUCCGCCUGUGCAGCCGCACAGUCACCGGCCCCACCUGAAGGGGAUCCAUUUUCUCCACAAGCGGUCGCGCCCUCCCCGGGGGCCUCGACUGCUGCGGACUCAUCAUUCACGGCCGUUAACGUUGACACAACAACACCUGACACAGCUCAUUCGCUUUCGUUGGAUGGAUCGCAUCCAUCAGAUCGUGCUUUUACGUGGAAAAUCACCCAGAAAAUAUCGGAGCGGUCUGUUUCUCUGACGCAGCAGGAUGUUGACAUGGGAUGCGGAUCUCCUAUGGCCGUGGGGAAAUUCCUGUGCUGUCUCGCCGACGGCCCAACGCAAACAGCAUUCAUGCGAGUCUACUACCAGAUCCCAAUCAUUGGAACCGAAGACGCUGAUGUAACCACACUCGCCGAGCAGGUCCAGCCUCCUGAAGUGUGUGGUGAACACGAGGCAUUUAAGUUAUUGACGAGACGAGGGUGCAGCUCAGUGCCACGUUUUUACGGCUAUUGCGAAAGGAAGCAAGGAGAAUCGGACCUUGUGCCAGGAGGUUAUAUCAAGUUUAUCGUAUGGGAGAAGGUGCCUGGGGAGUCCUUGACAAGGGAGUAUUUCUGGAGCUUGGAUCCCACUGCACGUGAGGAAAUCCGUGUUCGCUUCCGUGCUGCUUACGAGGAUGUUCUACGUUGUGGAGUCAAGCCACAGAUGUGUGGAAUCUCCAAGAUUAUCUAUUGCAAGAAAUCAGGCAACAUUCGAAUCUCAGGAUUCCGGAGAGGCUGGCCGAUUCUUGACAAAUUAGAAUGGUCAGAUACUCGUUACGUCGAGUACGGGCUGGCCAGGCCACACGAUGAUCGAGAUUGGGCUUCCCACCCUGAGAAGUGGGAGUAUUGA